AUGGAACUGGUUGCUGCCCCCAACGGCGAAGUAUCUAAUCUACGCAAACUAACAGAUGGCGCCAAUAAAAUCAUUCGUGGGCUAGAUGCAGUUGGGGAGACCAGCCGUGACUGGGUGGUGAUUCAUCUUGUACUGGCUAAAAUUGAUCCCGACUCUAGAAGGAAGUGGAUAGAGGACACCAGAGGCGCUGCGACGCCAACCGUUACAGACUUGUUUAAAUUCCUUGAUGAUCGUUGCGAGGAUUUUGAAUUAAGCCAAGCUACAUCGGCAAUCAAACUCGAUCCUGGCAGCCACACCGACAAGCCUGCCAAAACGAAGCGCGCACUUAUUGCAGUGAGCAGUGGCAAUUGUGGCUCUGCUGACCAUCAGCUAUAUAGAUGCUCUCAAUUUCAAAAUCUGAACAUCGAACAUCGGCGCUCCUUUGUGAAAGGAAAGUCGCUUUGCUUCAAUUGCCUACGCCCUGGCCACCGAUCUUCGCAAUGUAAAUCGAAACAUUCGUGCAAGCACUGCAAUGGCCGUCAUCAUUCUCUUGUACAUCCUGAAAACAUGGAUUCCAUGACAAUUGCUUCUGCGGACACUGCACAGGCCAAUUCUCAAACUUCUGGAUGUAGCUCAACUUUGGUCGCCCAGACGCAAAACAGCACAUCAUUAACACAGUCACCGGGACUCAAAAGAAGCACAUUGCCCACAGCUUUGGUGUAUGUCCAAAACACUAAAAGUUCUUACACAAUUUGCCGUGUGCUUCUGGAUAGCUGUUCUGAGCUGUCAUACGUUUCUGAACGAUGCGUCAACGCACUUGGGCUCGCACGUUUAUUCUCAAGAAUUCUAGUUUCCGGAAUAUCUUCCGUCAAGGCCGAAACUACUAGAGGAUUGGCCACGCUGCAUAUCAAAUCAAUGGUGUCACUGCAUACGAUUGUUGUCGCAGCCCAUGUGCUGGGCAAAAUCACAUCAUCACUUCAACGGGACGACAUUGACGAAACAGCCUUAAGGAUCUACGAUGGACUCCAGUUAGCCGAUACAUCCUUUAACACAUCUUCACCAGUAGACAUUUUACUGGGAAAUGAACAAAUUUGGUCCGUUCUGUCAGGUGAUAAAAAAUAUGACGCCGAUGGAAAUAUUAUUGCCAUCAGCUCGAUCUUUGGAUGGAUAAUCACUUCCGUUGCAAUGCCGCAUCCAUUAACCGCCAACACGCUCGUUACUACUGUUGACAUAAACGCCUCUCUUCAACGCUUUUGGGAGAUCGAGGAUAACACUGACCACAAACAACAAGACCCUUCGCACGAAAAGGUGGAGCAGCACUUUUUGACCACACAUUCCCGAGACCCAGACGGCAAAUACAUCGUUGAAUUGCCUUUCAAACACGAAAGCCAAGAGUUUGGAGACAGCCUGCAGGGCGCUGUCUCACGCUUCUAUGCUGUGGAACGUCGCCUACAGCGUGAUUUGGAGCUACGCAAGCAAUAUUCAAAGUUUAUGAACGAAUAUCUAAGCCUAGGUCAUAUGCGUAAGCUGGCCCCAGAAGAAUGCAAUACAUCGGCCAAAACGUUUUACAUGCCACACCACCCAGUUCUAGGAAAGAAGCUGCGCGUGGUAUUUGACGGGUCAUUUGAAGACGUAAACGGCCACGCUCUAAAUGAUGCCUUACACAUUGGGCCCAGCAUUCAACGUAACCUUUUUCACGUAUGCCUUCGCUUUCGAAUGCACAAGUUUGUGUUUUCGGCGGACAUAGUCAAAAUGUUUCGCCAGAUCUGGGUUGCCCCUAAGCACCGCAACUUUCAACGGAUCGUAUGGAGAGAUGCUCCGAAUGAUCCUCUUCAACACUUUCAACUCUGCACAGUUACCUAUGGAACAAGCUGUGCGCCGUUUUCUGCUGUCAGGGUCCUGGAACAACUAGCGCGAGACCACCAGGAUGAGUUUCCCACAGCAUCAAAAAUUGUGCUUAGCCGCCGCGACGAACUCAUCCAGCUGAUGUCCAAGGCUAAGCUUGAGCUUGGCAAAUGGGUGUCCAACAGCAGCCGCCUCAGCCACACCAGCCAAGAGGAGCUCCCAAUAACCAGUGCGUUGAAGGUUUUAGGAAUGCAUUGGAAUCCCCAAGACGACGUCCUGUCCUACAAGACUUCACUUUCCACGGAACCAGAAGCUACUAAACGGCAAGUAUUGUCAGAUGUCUCACGAAUUUUCGAUCCUCUAGGUAUUCUGGCGCUUGUGGUAGUACAGUUCAAAAUCCUUUUCCUUUUGAAGGUUUUAGGAAUGCAUUGGAAUCCCCAAGACGACGUCCUGUCCUACAAGACUUCACUUUCCACGGAACCAGAAGCUACUAAACGGCAAGUAUUGUCAGAUGUCUCACGAAUUUUCGAUCCUCUAGGUAUUCUGGCGCUUGUGGUAGUACAGUUCAAAAUCCUUUUCCAAGAACUUUGGCUACUUGACCUGGACUGGGAUUCAAAGCUCCCACCGAAGCUGGCUGAGUGGUGGCAGACCUGUCGCGACGAUAUUAACUGCAUAACAAACCUAAGUAUUCCACGUUUUGUACCCAGCGAAUCGGGAAAAAUCGAAUUACAUGGAUUUUCAGACGCGUCUAUAAAGGCAUAUGCCGCUGUCGUAUACAGCCGUGUAAGCAACGCAGACGGCACCUGCUUGGUGUCACUUAUGGCAGCCAAAACACGCGUUGCGCCACUAAAGCAACAAAGUCUUCCUCGGCUGGAACUCUGUGGAGCGCUAUUGCUCACUCGCCUUCUCCGAGCUGUUAAGGAGGGCUUACAGCACAAGGACAUAAUUGUGCAUGCUUGGUGCGAUUCCACGAUUGUCCUUUCGUGGCUGUCGCACACCCCAUCAAAGCUGAAAACCUUUAUUGCCAACCGUACUUCGGAGAUCCUGGAUGUCAUAUCACGCAGCGCAUGGCAUCACGUUGGCUCAAAGGAUAACCCUGCCGAUUGCGCAUCGAGGGGAAUGCUAGCAGCCAAUCUCAUGAGAGGUGGAAGGGUCCACAUUGGCUACACCAUAACGACCUGCUUGCUUCAAAGCUUCGUAGUGGCAAGAAUCCCAACACAAUUUUGGACACGCCCAUAA